UAUUUCUUUAUCUUGAAGUUAAGUUUUUCUAAGUUGUAUUGUAUACGGUUAUAAAUAAAUCUGCAAUGCUUAUUGCAUUCGUAUGUUUUCUCGAGCGUUUUUCGAUAGUUUGAUUAAGAAUUUUUUUCUUAAAUUUCAAAAAUCAAUUCAUGGCAAGAGGGAAGAUUUUUAAUCAAUGUAAAUUCCUCAAUGCGUCGGCGUAAUCGAGUGGCCGAUCAUGAUUGCGCCACGUAGCUUAAGUAAACUCGCAUUGGUCAGUGAUAUGCACUAUCACACGACCGCUCGUCCGAGCGCGGCGGAUGACGCCACGGCCAUCUAACGGAAGUGAACCAAGAGUAGGCUGAAGUGUGGAUAAAGGCUGGUAAGGCAACAUUAUCGCGGACAAGGGAUGUCGUGCAUCUAUUUCCGAACACGUUGCAAUCGGGGUCGUAGGGGACGGCAAGUCGCUGGCUGACGAAAAAUGGCCAGGAUUCUCGCGGCGUGAGAACUGGUUGCGUGUCGAUUGGCAGUGUGACUCUGAAUUCUCCGUUGACAAGCGGAGGAAAAAAAAGACACAGGUAGAGAGACACUAAGUGCCAAGAGACUCGUGGACUUGUCGCCUUGCGCGACUGUCACGCCGAGGUGCUCGCGAAGGCUGCAGGAGAAAAAGAAAAGGAGCGAGUGAACUCGCGUGGUUGCGAAACGUCACGCGCGACAUUGGCGAACGGUCCCGUCCGUUCCUCCGUCCGUCCGUCCGUCCGUACGUGCUGCAUAUGUGCGCGCGUGAGGCUCUCGCGAGUGACACACGACACGAGGUGAACCGAGGAGGAGAAUCUGCGACGAGCAGUAAGGCGCGCGACGGAGAAGACGGUAAUGUUAUGAGAUACUGCUCGAUGCGAUGAUUCGUCGCCGUCCGUCAAUUUUUGCGCAGCGAAACGACACGAGGCCGCUCGAGUGCCGCGUCCGCCCGCGAGCCCCGCGCGACAUCCCGGACGGUGUCGCUCGCAGGAGGUUAUAAGCGGAUGAUGCGCUUGACGUCUGGCCCGUCAAUAUACGUCGUUCGCGGUGGCUCGCUAUCGAGUCGCGUCUCGCAGGCCCGGCGAACGGACGGCGGCACGCCGAUUAACACGCUCAACAGUUCAGGAUUGAUAAACGACAGCUCGGAGACGCGCAUCCUCGCGCCCUCGACGACGUUCCGCGGCCUGGGAUCCGUUUAACUGGCUGUGAAAAGUGCAACGUAAUUGUACCAAGUCCAAAGAGUAUAUAGAUAUAUAUAUAUAUAUAUAUAUACAUAUAUAUAUAUAUAUACAAAAUACUAAUCAAAAUGGAUCAAGAAACGGUCUACGGCACGCACGAAGAUAGCCAUGUUGUCAUGUCGGAGAAAGUGCAAUCUUUGGCAGGCAGCAUCUAUCAAGAGUUUGAAAGAAUGAUAGCAAGAUAUGAUGAGAAUGUAGUGAAAGAUUUGAUGCCUCUGUUAGUCAAUGUGUUAGAAAGUCUGGAUAUAUCCUGUACUGAAAAUCAAGAACGUGAAGUUGAACUAGAAUUAUUAAGAGAAGAUAAUGAGCAGCUUGUCACACAAUACGAAAGGGAGAAGCAAUUGAGAAAAGCAUCAGAUCAGAAACUUCUCGAACUGGAAGAUGUUUCUGAAGGUGAGAGGAAGGAACUUCUAUCAAAAAUUGAUAGCUUGGAGUCUAUUGUAAGAAUGCUGGAACUGAAGACUAAGAAUUCUCACGAUCACGUUGGUCGGCUCGAAGAAAAGGAAGCUGAAUUGAAACGCGAAUAUUCUCGACUGCACGAUAGAUACACGGAAUUAUUCAAGACCCAUGUUGAUUAUAUGGAAAGAACUAAAAUGCUAGUUGGUAGCACAGAAAGACUGGAGAGUGUGUCUGCUAGCCGUGCACCAUCGCGGUUACCCUCUCUUGGACUUGCUCAUAUGUCACGUAGUUCCGGACCGCUUAGUUACGGUUUUCAGAGCUUAGAGGCCAGCAUAAACGCUGAAGAUGUUCAAGAAGAUAUUGUAUCAAACGUCGCCAACUUGAGAACCGAAAUGUUGGACAGUAGCAGCGAAGCCGCUAUUGAAACAUCUGAUAAGAGCCAAUUAACCGAUCAACCAAUACAAGAGAAUAAGACUACAGCUAUUUCUAGACACGAAAGUCCGGAAACGGAAGUACCACCAAAUUUAAUAACGCCAACGACGCCAACUGCAGGCAUAGAGAAAUUAGCGACUACGCCAGGAGGUAGAAGUAGAACCGAAAGAGAGCAACGAAGUGGCAAUACGUUGUAUCAAGAGCUAAGUUUCCAAGACGCUGAUGCGCUGGGUGAAAUGGACGAAGGCGCAGAUAUUACUGGGACACUAAUUUAUCAUGCAGUCAAUGACAACUUCUUUGGUAUGGGAAAGGAAGUAGAAAAUCUUAUUAUGGAGAACAAUGAACUGUUAGCAACAAAAAAUGCGCUUAACGUUGUUAAAGAUGAUCUAAUUGUCAAAGUGGAUGAAUUGACAAGUGAACAAGAAAUAUUACGAGAAGAGGUUCGAGGUUUACAACAAGCACGUGAACGAUUGCGGCAACGAAUCGCCGCCCUCGAGGAAGAAUUGAAAAAAGUCAAGGAAGAAGCAGAAGCGGCAGCUAAAGCGACAAAGAGUGACGAUGAGGAAGACGUACCUUUGUCUCAGAGGAAACGAUUCACGCGUGUAGAAAUGGCAAGGGUGCUCAUGGAACGAAAUCAAUACAAGGAACGAUUUAUGGAACUUCAAGAGGCUGUCAGGUGGACAGAAAUGAUAAGAGCCAGCAAGACCGAUCCUUCCAGCAUCUCGGGUGGGAAGGGUUCAGUAUGGAAGUUUUUUAGCAAUCUCUUCACAGGCCCGGCCGAUCGAGGGACAUUAGUUCGUUCCGCGCACACGUUACCGCAUGUACGGUACAGCGCACCGGCAAAUCAGGUUGUUCCAGCUCCGCCCUUGGAUGCCAUGCGUAGACGUACGUUGAAAAGUCGCCAAGACUUUCUCGACCAAGGAGACACCAUAUCAUCCGAGAAGCUCGUAGCAAGACGCGCGAGCGAACGAAGAGAACAAUAUCGUCAGGUACGAGCGCACGUUAAGAAAGAGGAUGGCCGUCUGCAAGCAUAUGGAUGGAGUUUACCAGGAAAGCCAAGCGCUCCCGUCAGACAACCUCCUGUUCCAGUUCCAGUGUAUUGUCGACCUCUGCAAGAAACUGAACCGGGAAUGAAGAUCUGGUGUGGUGCUGGUGUAAAUCUGAGUGGCGGUAAAACGCGCGACGGUGGCUGUAUGGUUGGUGGAAGUGUGUUUUAUGCUGCCGAAGCUCAAGAAAUGAACAGUAACGCGAAGACAGAAGCUGAAGACGCUGUGGAACAUCUGGAUAAAGAACUUCAGGAAAAUGAGAACCGACGGCUCGAAGCGGAACGAUGGGAGCAACAACUUAGCUCACUCGUCUGGAUCUGCACCUCGACACAAAAAAUGUCCAAGGUCACGGUGAUAGACGCGAACAAUCCGGCGGACGUUUUAGAGGUGUUUAACGUUUGUCAGGGACACUUGCUUUGCAUCGCAAGCGUGCCUGGUGCCAAGGAAAGUGAUUACGCGCAAUCCUCACAUGAAAAUUCGAUUCGCAAUUCGGCAAACGGCACGACGAAUGACAGCGAGAAUAACAACGGCGUCUGUGAAGAUGUCACAAAUGCCAACGAAAACGCCGAGCAAAAUGGCCAAAAGAAUCAUCAGGAUGCUGAAGUCGAGAAAAAUAAAAGCGAAUCUGACAAUCAAUCAGAAGAUCAAGCAAAUGAGAACACCGAAAAAUUUGCUGAGACAGAUCAGAAUUCAACGAACGAACCACAGAGUUUGGAAAGUAUAGAUAGUGAGACUGCAAAUCUGGGAAAAGUAAACUUUGUACGAUGUAAUACUGAGGCACAUCCUUCACGGUUGAAUGAUAAGGAUCCUGUGAAUGAAGAGGCAAAGGAAGAAAUCACUGAGGAAACAUCCAUUGAAAAGAUGUCGUCUAUACAACCGACUAUGUGGCUCGGAGCUCAAAAUGGUGCAGUAUUUGUUCAUUCGGCCGUUGCUAAAUGGUCGGUAUGUUUGCACUCUGUGAAGCUGAGGGAUGCGGCAUUAGCUAUUGUACAUGUGCAAGGUCGAGUUUUGGUCGCUUUAGCGGAUGGAACUGUAACGAUAUUCCGUAGAGGUGCGGACGGACAGUGGGAUUUGUCUCAAUAUCACGUGAUUACCCUUGGUAGUCCUCAACAUUCCAUUAGAUGCAUGUCCGCAGUUAGCGGAAAGACAGUGUGGUGUGGAUACAGAAAUAAGAUCCAUGUAAUCGAUCCCAUUUCGAUGACACUUGAGUGCACAGUGGACGCACAUCCUCGCAGAGAGUCUCAAGUACGGCAAUUGGCAUGGCUGGGUGACGGUGUGUGGGUUAGCAUCAGACUUGAUUCAACAUUAAGGCUUUAUCAUGCUCACACAUACCAGCAUCUUCAAGACGUUGACAUAGAGCCGUACGUCAGCAAAAUGCUUGGCACAGGAAAACUUGGAUUCUCUUUCGUGCGCAUUACUGCUCUACUCAUUUCCUCAAAUAGGCUGUGGAUUGGUACUGGUAACGGUGUGAUAAUCUCGGUACCGCUUUCGGAAAGUGCGGGUGGGUCAAUGGCAGUAUCCAGAAUGCAGACGGGUAGUAACAAAAGUGAUGUGCCGGGAGUUGGCGUCAGAGUCUUUGCGUCGGAACGAGGCGUUACACCAGGAAGUUUUAUACCUUAUUGUAGUAUGGCUCAUGCACAACUCAGUUUUCAUGGACACAGAGACGCUGUGAAGAUGUUUGUCGCUGUACCUGGUCACGGUGGGCAGAGCGCGGUGACGGACGGAACGCAACCCGCCAUGCUUGUUCUCUCUGGCGGUGAAGGUUACAUCGAUUUCAGAGUUGGUGAUGGGGAGGAAACGGAGGAAAGCAUGGACCGAUCGAAUGCUACGGUCAGCAACGAAGAGCAUGGCGAACAAAGUCAUCUGAUUGUGUGGCAAGUGCAAUGUCCUUUACCGAUGAAUGGCUAGCCUAAGGACGAAGCGGACAAGCUAGACUUGCUAAACAAUUCAGCUUGCGACGCGAUAUUAUAUGUAUCGUCGAUGGAUUAUCGUAUCACGGAUUAUCAGAUUAGAGAUUGUGAAUCAUUGAUACUGGAAGGAGCGAUUCUUAUCGCUGCGAACUAAUGUGUGCUACCUAGAUAUACCUAUAUAAUGAUCGUAGCAGAAUACGUUAAUAAUUCUCAAAAUAAUUCUCACGAUUUUUCAUAUUAGCAGAGCGGAAACGAUGAUGUCAAAUCACGAAUUUUUCUGUGAGUCAUGGAUCAGUUAUCGCGAUAUUUUUCCACGGCGGAAAUAGAUUCAAUGUAUGACAGUUUUUGCAUGCGCGCAAAUAGAAUUUUCGGAGAUUUUCGGGGAUUUUCGGGGAUUUAUAAAUUUUGUCGAUGCGACUGGAAUAUCUUUCAUCUUUCGCUUCUCGUUAAACCGCGCAUUUCUUAACAUAAACCUGCGUAGGAAUGAAUUGUUUAAAUGACAUGUGCUAAAGACGUUUCUCACGACAAGUGUUCAUUUUAGAAUAUCACAUUUUACGAAUAGCGAGGAGGUAGCGUUAUUUCAACUGAUCAUUGUGAUAAUGCGACGAUAUUAUAACGCCGGACGAGAUGAGUUUCGAAGCUGCCGUUGCUACAUCGCUGUAAUAAAACAUUUGUUCGAAAUACUUCGCGUUGUGUACCUGCCGCAAGAAUAUUUCCCAGUCGCCGUUAUUACACAGCAGUACGCAGAGGAUGCGUGCAACUCAGGCAUAUUCCUAGGCGUAACGUAAUGUUAAUUUUCCGUCGGAGAGUAUAUUAUUUUCCAGACCUAAUCAAUUUUAUUAUUCGCGUACAUCGUAUCGAACAUAAUAAUGAUAAUAAUAAUAAUAAUAAUAAUAAUAAUAAUAUAUAUAUAUAAUUAUAAUAUAUAUUCUCUCUUGUCUCCUUGAUCAAGCAUUAUUAGAUUGUGCUUGACGAAACGUAGCGGUUUACACGAUUAUUAGGAGCAACUCGCCAAUGUAAAUAAUAAGAUGUUUAUAUAGCGCGUUAUGUAGAUCCUUUAUUUAAUUUCUUCCCGCAGACGAGCGGAAUCGUUUUACAAAUACGUAAGACGUGUCCUUUAUUCUUGUAAUUUUAGUUCCCUUAAUAACGCUACCAAA